GUGAACUGCGACCGCAACACCGAACCACCGAUCCCCGACAUAGGCGACUCACUUCUUCUGUUUCUCCCAGAGCCCACCAUCCAUCCCAAAGUUGAAGCUAUCACCAAGUCGUCAACCCUCCCACUCUAAGUCACCACCAACACCACCACUCUUCCAGACCGAACCGCCAUCCCAGCAGCCACAAUGGAUAUCCGCGUCCUCCGCCCCUCGGACAUCCCUCUGAUCCAGCACGCCAACAUCGAGAACCUGCCCGAGAACUACUUCCUCAAGUACUACCUGUACCACGCGCUCUCAUGGCCUCAGCUGUCGUAUGUCGCCGUCGACGUGAGCCGCCCGGCCAAGAGCGCCUACGACUACCCCAAGAUCGUCGGCUACGUCCUGGCCAAGAUGGAGGAGGAGCCGACGGACGGAGUGCAGCACGGCCACAUUACGAGCUUGAGCGUGAUGCGCACCCAUAGGCGACUCGGCAUUGCCGAGAAGCUGAUGAGGCAGUCUCAACAAGCAAUGGUCGAAACCUUCGGCGCCCACUACGUCUCUCUGCACGUGCGCGUCUCCAACGCCGCCGCCAUCCACCUGUACCGCGACACUUUGGGCUUCAAGACGGAGAAGACGGAAGCCAAAUACUAUGCUGACGGCGAGGACGCCUUUUGCAUGAAGCUCGAUCUGGCGCCCAUCCGCGAGGCGCUUUUGGCCGAGCAGCUGGACGAGAAGGACGAGAAGAAGCCACAAAUCGAGGAAGGAAAGCAGGGAUCAUCCACGGAAGGGGUGGAUGAGGGUGAGGCGGUUGGUGAUGUCGGUCGUGAUCCUGAAGCAGACAACAACAAAAAGGAGGAUAAGACGGUUAAGGUCAAGGUCGGUAGGGGGUUAGGUGUGGGUGAGUUGGUGGAGAGGGAUGAGAGUAAACACUAGAGAUAUAACUACUGCUGCUGCUGUGACGGUGUGCUUGUAAAGAGGGGAAGAAGAAGAAGAGCGUUGAUAUUAGACUUGGCAUCACUGGCUGGGGUUUGGGAAAAGGAAAAAAGAAAGAUUCUUUGUUUUUGUCAGUUUUUUUUUUACAGUUUUUCUUGAAGAAGGAGACUGAAGCGUCU